AUGCAGCCACAGAAAGAGACGUCCGAUGUAGAUGCGACCGAUGGCGGCUUCGAUCGUCAGGAUUCGCCUGGCAUUGGGUCCGCAGCGCCAGACGGAGGCGUCCUUGCCUGGCUUCAUGUCGUGUUGAUGCACAUUGUCUUCUUCAACACAUGGGGUGUGGCCAAUGGCUACGGCGUCUUUCAGGAAUACUACACGCGCACCCUGGGAGAGACACAAGCCGCAAUUGCUUGGGUCGGGAGCGUCCAAGUCUUCUUCCUGUUUGGCAUCGGUGCGGUUGCCGGACGUGUCACGGACGCUGGCUAUUUCCGCAUCACCUUUACGAUUGGUGUGUUUCUUCAGCUGCUGGGACUGUACAUGACCUCGUUAUGCAGGACGUACUGGCAGAUCUUGCUUGCCCAAGGUGUCUGCCUCGGCGUGGGCAACGGUUUCACAUUUUGCCCGGCGCUGUCGAUUCUGUCGCAGUACUUUGAAAAAUACCGCGCCUUCGCUGUCGGCCUGGCAGCCGCUGGGGCCGCAGUCGGGGGGCUCGUGUAUCCCGUCCUGAUUCAAUGGCUCAUCUUCCGCCAUGACUUUGGCUUCCCCUGGACGUUGCGAGUUAUGGGCUUCAUCAUGCUGGCGACAUACCUACCCUGCAUAUUCCUGUUCAAACCCCGUCUGCCUCCGAGGAAGUCGGGCGAUUGGACGGACAAGUCGGCAUUCUCCGACGUCCCAUUUAUAUUCUUCUCCUUGAGCAUGUUUUUGAAUUUUUGGGGUCUGUAUUUCGCCUUCUUUUUCCUCGGCACCUUUGCACGCGACAAGAUUGGCUUCACCGACCCCAUCCAUUUGCUCAUGGUUCUCAACGGCGUCGGCGUCGUCGGGCGCGGUGCACUCCCCGUCGUUGCCGAUAAAUGGGUUGGCAUGCUGAACAUGGUAAUCCCAUUGAGCCUUGCCGCCAGCUUGCUCGUCUACUGUUGGGCCGCCGUAGCCUCAGUUGCCGGACUUUACACCUUCGCAGUAAUAUACGGCCUGCUCGCCGCAGCAUUGCAGGCCCUCCUCCCGGCCGUUGCCACAACCAUGACCCCGGACCCUAGUCGAACCGGGACGAGAGUGGGCAUGAUUCUCAGUUUCGUCAGUCUCGCCAACCUGACGGGGCCGGCCAUUUGCGGUGCCAUCAUCCAACAAGAAGGGGGGGGUUAUAUGGGUGCGCAAAUGUUCGCGGCGUCCUCCAUUUUCCUUGGCAGUGCUAUGGCCUUGGCUGCGAGAAUUGCCAGGGCUGGGAGCGAUUUGAAACGAAGAGUCUAG